AGAGUGUGGGCCAGUCAUAUGAUUUAUAUGAGCGCAGGUUUGAGGCUGAGCUCACAGUGCUGCUGAACCGGGUCACACUCGGUCCAAGCGUCACUUACCGUCUGUCUGCUCAGAGGAAACAUCCACCCGUCGCAAUGGCUGUCCGCGGUUGUUUGACCCUGCUCUUUAUCCUACUGAGUGGUAUUGUGCAUGCUGAAGAUCUGGUGACCUCAUCAUUACCUGCAACACAGGAGUUCAGUACAAGCAAAGUCCUCUCUGGCACUUCUCCAACCACCACCAAACCCUCUUCAACUGCCAGUUCUACUGCUGUGACUACAGGUCCAACCACAACUCCAUCUGCUACAGAACCUGCAACUACCCCUCAUUCCACCUCAAUUAAAUCUACUACAGAACCUCCAACUACCCCUCAUUCAACCACAAUUAAAUCUACUACAGAACCUCCAACCACCCCUCGUUCCACCACAAUUAGAUCUACUACAGAACCUGCAACCACCCCUCAUUCCACCACAAUUAAAUCUACUACAGAACCUGCAACCACCCCUCAUUCCACCACAAUUAAAUCUACUACUGAACCUCCAACUACCCCUCAUCACAACACAAUUAAAUCUACUACUGAACCUCCAACUACCCCUCAUCACAACACAACGAAUUCCACCACAGAAGCACCAACUACCGUGCACUCUGCUACAACCGCUACAACUCCAACCUCUCCUCCUGUUCCCAACCCAACUGUUGGAAACUACAGUGUCAAGUCAGACAGUGACACAGUCUGUCUUUUGGCAAAGAUGGGCCUUCAGUUUAGUUUCAGAAUGAGUGAGAAUUCCAGCUUUCAGACUCUUAAUUUUGACCCAAGUGCUAACGUAACGGAAGUGAGUGGAACCUGUGGAAGUGGUGGCAGUGACUCUUCCCUUCUGCUGAUGUCAGAAGAAAUCACCGUUAUUUUUGUCUUUACAAAUGUUUCACUGAAGUUCCGUCUACAUGCUUUGACUCUCUCUGUUAAGCUUGGAACUGGAAACUUUUUCAAUGCCUCCAAUAACAAUCUGUCUCUGUGGGAGGCAUCUGUCGGAAGCUCCUACAUGUGCAAAAAAGAGCAGAGUUACAACAUCACUGACAAGCUUACCCUCAACACGUUCGAGCUACAAGUGCAGCCCUUUGCUGUCCAGAACAACCAGUUUAACGCCGCGGAGGAAUGUUUUCUGGAUUCUGAUUUGAGUUUUCUCGUGCCCAUUGCUGUGGGUGUGGCUCUCAGCUUCCUAAUCAUCCUAGUGCUUAUCUCUUACCUGAUUGGCCGACGGAAGAGUCGCACUGGUUACCAGUCUGUAUAACAACCCAAGCUGCUGCUGUCUUACCUCUAACCCCGGCUUGUCCUUUACCAUUUAUAUUUGCUCCUCCUCUCUCUCCUGGUCCUGUUGGCUUCCUCUUUUGCCCUGCAAUCUGCUCAACUCUCCUCAUCUGGCAGCGCUAACUGCUGAUGACACUCCUAUUUCUAACACUUUCAAUUGCAUAAUUUUAUCAUUACUACAUAAUUGUAUCUCUGAGCUCUAAUCAUUUCCUGUGUGCGAUUUAAAUGUUUAAUGAAUGAUGUGGUAUAUUUCUGCUUAAAUACAAUUGACGCAAUGUCGACUGGCAUGAUUCACUUAUUUAGUGUAAGCAUAGACUGUCUAAAAUCCACUGGCAUUGCACUGUAUGUUAAAUGCAUGGGGAAAAUAAUUAUUAUUCCUCCUUGUAAUGGGAGUUUUGGUUUUUCUUGCUCUAAGGAUGCUCAGUUCUGGUUGCUGUGACUUCUAUUCAUGUGAACUCUUAUGAGUGUUGCAAUUUUAGAAUUGGGAGUCUUUUGAGUUUAUUAACCAUUGAAUGUAAAUGCUCAAUUAGUUCUGUGAUUGUACUCGCAUGGAUAAGUUAUUGCCGGAAUUAGGGGUGAAAAGUAUCCUGGUGUAAUAUCUUAAUCAGCUGAGCUAAUGAUAAGUCGCACUAUUGCACUUAGCACAUUGAAUUAAAAAGGGACACUAUUUUUGUGACAUUACCAGCAUUGAAUAUCAAGAUUUUGUUGAUCACGCUUUUGUUGCUUUUCAUUAGGUCCCUCUCAGGGAGUGUAGGAAGUGUUACAACAGGCUUGUUAGUACAGGGGUUUGUGGAUUUUAGUUUGUCAUUUCUCUGGUCACAUGCAUACAAUGUACAAAAUACACCAUUUGUAAAACCAAAGCUACAAGUUCCUGUGUAUUUUCAUUCUGCUCUGCAUAGUGACGGUACUAAUGUGUCCUAAACAAUUCAUUUGUAUACUGUUUUGUUUUUCAUAGUCCCCCCCUUCCCCCCCAAAAAGGUUUUAGCUAUUAAAACGAACACUAAGAAAGAAUCUCAUUGAUGUACUAUAGUGUGCCUUUUAGUCACAUUUCUUUGUUCCUUCUCUGUAAGAUCUUAAUCUGUCAGGUUAAGAAUGUUGGUUCAAGUUUCAAAGUGGAAAAGAUUUCAAUAAAAUGUUUUUUUUUGUUUUUGUA